AUGAUGGUUUCUGUGGUCAGAAACGGUAGUUUAAUGGUGGAGCAAGCACAGGGCUUGCAGAUUAUAAAUUUUAGUGAAAAUAAAUAUACCCCAGUGAAAAAGAAAUAUGAAUGUGCCAACUCAGCCUUUAAGAAGGAGGAGGAGAAGAAGGAAGCCUAUUUUAUUUACAUGGGGAAAAUCCUAAGGCAAGUCCACCCAGACUUCAGUGGAUGCUCCUGGAUCCUGGCAGUGCUGGGCUCUGGGGAAGACUGGCUGCUGGAGCAGAUUAGCCUGGAGGCAGUGAGGCUCUCCUUGUACAACCACAGAAGGGAUGUCACCAGCAGAGAGAUCCUCGAAGCAGUCAAGCAGAGAUCCUUCCGGAAGAGCUUUUGAAUAAAUGAAGAGAUUCUGAAUGGCCCUGUGGUUGAGAUGAUUGUACUUGUCAAAAAAAAAAAAAAUCCGAUCUGACAGAGGCUGAUUUGGAAGACAAGGUAUCUGAGAAGCACCAACAGCAGCAGCAGGA